UCUUCCGGGUCGUCCCCGGGCGGCUCUAGGCGCUCCUCGAGUCAUUUAAGUAAAAGGCGUGUCCUCUGGUGCUAAUGGCAUGGAGGAGGGGCGUCGCGCGCGCGGAGCUCGUUGGGAGCCUGGGGGCCUACACAGCGCUUCUAGGGGCCUAAGUUGCCUGCGGCUGGACCGGCUCGCACGAGACCGCCAGGUGCCGCUUCCCCUUCCAGCCAGCCUCCGCCGCUUUCCUUCCAACUUUCGCGUGCCUUCUUUCCGGCGCCCGCCCGCGGCCAGAGCCAGGAUGCUUCCGAAGCGGCGGCGAGCGUGGGUCGGGUCCCCUGGCGGUCCUGCCCCCUCCGCGGCGCGCUUCCCCGGUAUUGCCAUCUACCUGGCCGAGCCGCGCAUGGGUCGCAGCCGCCGGGCCUUCCUCACGCGCCUGGCCCUCUCCAAGGGCUUCCGGGUCCUGGAUGCCUACAGCUCUGAGGUGACACAUGUGGUGAUGGAACAGACCUCAGCGGAGGAGGCCAGCACCUGGAAGGAGCACAGGGCGGUGGCAGGCUCUCCGCAGGGCCGCACCAGCCCAGUGCUGCUGGACAUAAGCUGGUUCACAGAAAGCAUGGCAGCUGGGGAGCCCGUGCCUGUGGAGCCCCGGCACUGCCUGGAGGUGGCCAUGCCCGGGAAAGGGCUGCCAGGCUCAGUAUGGAUGCCACAGUAUGCCUGCCAGCGCCCCACUCCCCUCACACACCACAACAGCAGCCUCACGGAGCCUCUGGAGAUGCUGGCGGAGGCGGCUGGCUUUGAGGGCAGUGAAGGCCGCUUCCUCUCCUUCUACAGAGCGGCCUCGGUGCUCAAGGCCCUUCCGAGCCGGGUCACAGCCAUGAGCCAGCUGCAGGGGCUGCCCCACUUUGGAGAACAUUCCUGCAGGGUCAUCCAGGAAGUGCUGGCACAGGGAGUAUGUGAGGAGGUGGAGAGAAUCCGAUGCUCAGAGAGGUACCAGACCAUGAAGCUUUUCACCGGGAUCUUCGGGGUUGGGGUAAAGACUGCUGACCGGUGGUACCGAGAAGGGCUGCGGACCCUCGACAGCCUCCAAGAGCAGCCCCAGAGGCUGACCCAGCAGCAGAAAGCAGGACUCCUGCACUACCAGGACCUGAGUGUGCCGCUCCAGCGACCCCAAGUGGAGGCCCUGCAGCGGGUGGUGGAGGCAGCCGUGGGGCACAUCCUUCCCGGGGCCACCGUCACGCUGGCCGGGGGCUUUCGGAGGGGCAAGUUGCAGGGCCACGACGUGGAUUUCCUCCUCACCCACCCCCAGGAGGGCCAGGAGGCAGGGCUGCUGUCCAGAGUGAUGCACAGCCUGCAGAGUCAGGGCCUUGUCCUGUACCACCAGCACCACCACGGCCACUGUGCAGAUGCCGCCUGCCCGCCCCGGCAGAACCAUGCCAUGGACGGCUUUGAGAGAACCUUCUGUAUCUUCUGCCUGCCUUCACCCCCAGGGGCUGCUGUGGGGGGCGCCCGGAGGGCCGUGCGGGUAGACCUGGUGGUGGUCCCUGUCAGCCAGUUCCCCUAUGCCCUGCUGGGCUGGACCGGCUCGAAGCAUUUCCAGCGGGAGCUGCGCCGCUUCAGCCGGAAGGAGAGAGGGCUGUGGCUGAACAGCCAUGGGCUGUUUGACCCCCAGCAGAAGAAACAUUUCCAUGCAGCUUCAGAGGAAGACAUCUUCAGACACCUGGGCCUGGAGUACCUUCCCCCAGAGCAGAGAAAUGCCUGACCCAGCCGCUGGCCCAGUCUGCUCUCUGGAGAGGCAGGCCCUGUGGAUGCCCUCGGCCGCUGGAAGUCUCCAGGGCAAAGAUGCACUGUGGCCCCAGGUCCUCACCCCACACCCAGGCCCGGAUAUAAUGAAAUGAGCACAUGUAACAAACCAAGCUCUGUUUUUUUGUGCUGCUGGCUGCCCAGGGGGUGUGGUGCUGAUUCUGUGCAGAGGCCCAUCCUGCUGGGUGUUGGUCGGGGGCAGGGCUGUGUGACCCUGGGUCAGUGAGGACCUGAAGGCACCUUCUCUGUGGGCUGGUUGUGGAACUCGAGGUGGCGGAUGGCAAGUGCUUUGUGCGGUGGGGGUGGGGGGGUUGUCCACCUGCUGUGUAGCCAGCCACUGGGGAGGACAGGGCCCAGAGGUAGGAGCUGGGGGCAGGGGGAGAAUUUCCAGGGCCCGUCCACCACCUUCCAGCCAGGCUUCCUGUCUCUGCCUCUGCUCUUCUAAGGUCUGUUCUCAGAAGGCCUUUGUCAGCAGGUCCUGUUGCACCCCUCGUUGCUCCAGGCACACACUCGUGCUCAGCGAUUCCAAAGGCUCACAGUGGCCCCCAGAGCCCUGGCCACCCCUGACCACUGGCCUCGUCUGUUCUCCCACUGCUUUGAGCCAGGUGCCUUCCUGCCCCGGUGCCCAUGUGAACUGCCCCAGACACCCACGAGGCCAGGGCAGGUCUCAGCCUUUCCUGGAGGGGCCUUGGCCAUGCAGUGUUCUCUGCUCCUCAAAUCCCCAAGCCUGCUCCGGCCUCAGUACCUUUGCCACAGGACCGUCCACUAGAAGGCCUCUCCUGACUCAGGUCUCUGUCUGUUGAGGACUUUCCUGACCACUCGCUGCGUUAAGAAAUAUUUUUUUAAAUAACAUGCAGACAAAUUGA